UUAGUAUUGGUCUAUUGGAUAAUCGUCAAUUACAGAGAAGGGUAAGAAAGCUAUAAGAAAGAUCGCCGUCUUUGAUAGCAAACGGACAACACAGGAGAAGCGCCUCACAAGUGUUUGCUGUUCUUCCACCACAUUAAUAUUGUGUAGGAUAUCCAAUAAUAUUAGUUUCUGACCAAGAGUGUGGACUUUUGCAAACUGCAACCUACAGCUUUUGAUUCUUUCAAUGAUUAUAAGCUUAGAACUAAACCCACAUCAAUAAUAUUCUUACUGAUUCCAAUCCCAUUGGGAACUCUACUCUGCCUAGAGAAAACAGAAGGAGAGAGAGAGAGGAGAGAAUUGUGUUCUCCUUUCCCCCUCUUUCCUCUGUUUUCUAAAUCCUCCUGAUUUCCUCUAAGAAGAAGAAUGAAACAGUUGCUGGUUUCUGUAAGGUCUUUCGCGCUGAAGCUGAUGAUUCUAAUGGCUUUCUGCAUUCUAUCAGGCAUUAAACCCUUUACCAUCUCUAUCUCUAUUUCCAUCUUUUUGCAUUUUUUUAUGACGAAAUCUCUGUUGUUUCUUGCAGAUUGCUUUGACCCUCUGGAUCCUAACGGCAACAUCACAGUCACCUUUGACGUCCUCGAUUACCCGCAAAAUGGAGGCUAUGCGGCAAGGGUGACGAUCAGGAACUUCUACCAGUACCGCCACGUGGAGAAGCCAGGGUGGCAGAUUGGUUGGGGAUGGGCGAAAGGAGAGAUCAUCCUGAAAAUGUCAGGCGCAUACGCUACAGAUUCAGGGGACUGCAAGAACUUCGCUUCCCUGAAGCCGCACUGCUGCAAGCAGAACCCAAUCAUGGCCGACCUAUGGCCCGGCGCAGCCUCAGACGACGGAGGGAGAACCGUUGAGGGGUGCUGCCGCGGUGGAGUGAUGUCGGCCUGGGCUAUUGAUCCUUCAUUGUCAUUCUCAGCAUUUGAGAUGACAGUUGGGAAUCUCCCAGCCAAUACUAGUUAUCCACCUGCCAAUCUCACUCUGUUUGCUCCAGGGCUUGGCUACACCUGUGGCCCGGUUCAGGAUUCGGAAUCCACCGUGUUUCUCGACUACGGCGGGAGAAGAAAGAUCAGAGCUUUCAGAACGAUGAAAUCAGUGUGCACUUACUCGAGCUUCCUAGCGAACAGAGCGCCCGUAUGCUGCGUCUCGCUGUCAACAUUCUACAGUCCGCAGAUCACGGAUUGCCCGAAAUGCAGCUGCGGAUGCAGGGACUCCGCCUCCGAUGGAGUUUCUUGUUCAAGCCAGAGCUCUUCUUCUUCGUUGGGCGGUAAUGGCGUGGACGACAACAAGUUGCAGUGUACGGAUCACAUGUGCCCUGUUCGAAUUCACUGGCACGUGAAGAACAAUUACAUGCGGUUCUGGAGAGUGAAGCUCACAAUCUCCAACUACAAUCUCCGGAAGAAUUACUCCGACUGGAAUUUGGUAGUCCAGCACCCCGGUUUUUCGAAGAAGGCGAUCGCUUACAGCUUCAACGCCACCACCCUCCCGACCGUCGGAAUCGAAGACGAGGUUGCUCUGUUUUGGGGUUUGCCGUACUACAACAGCGAGCUAACGGAAGCUGCAGCCGCCGCCGCCGGCGGCGGAUUUGGGUCGGUGACGACGGACAUCAUCUUGGAGAAGGAUUUGGAUGAGUUCACGUUGAUGAAUGGAUGGGCGCUGCCGAGGAGGGUUUACUUCGGCGGCGAGGAAUGUCAAAUGCCGCUCCCUGAUGCAUUCCCAAUGCUGCCAAACGGUGGAUUCAGAAUCCGAUCCUCUCCCCGCCAUCGACGCCGUUAUCUCUUCUUUCUCAUCUUGUUGGUGGCGAUUUGGUUAGAACUAAGACUAUAGCUAGAGAUGGCUCGCUCCACUCCAAGAUUGAUCAAAUAAAACCGCCGGCGGUGUCUUUCUUUUCGUUUCUCUUUAGUGACGAUAGAGAAAAUUAGAUUAACGGUGUGACAUCCAUAUAUUUUUUUUUGUUUCAUAAGAGAUUUGAGGGAGGGAGUGAUGUGCCACAUUCUGUACAUUGAUUUUAAUUUGCAUUUAGAUGUAUACACAAUAUGAAUGAAAUUUUGGAAAUGUCAUGAUUUGUCCAUUGGUUCUUCCGUAAUGGAUUUGGUUAAUAUAGUAGUUAGAGAAUGUAUCGACCUUUUGCCUACGAUUUAAAUUUUUUGAAGUAUAUAAUCUGGUCUCCGCUUACUUAGAGAUCUAGUUUCGCUACCAAUUUCAUUAGAAAGGUGAGGUACAUGUUGUUCAAGAGCAAUGCAUUCAAAAUCGCACUUUGACACUUCAAAGUUUAUACUUUUACACUUCUAGAAAAUCAGAAUGCUUCUACGUAGAAUCGAGCUUUUAACUUACAAUUGUAGUCAAAAUCUAUGCUUUAAAGCUUACUUUUUCUUACGCUUUAGCUCACCAAAAUGUUUCUACAUUGAAUCACGAUUUGACUGCCUUGGUUAAGAGGAAUUAUAACUUCUCGGCCAUUAGCUCCCUCCUCCUAACACUUGGAUUUGUCCCAAAGAAAUUGCUGUAAUCUUUAAAUCUAGGUGGGCGAAAACCCUAUGUAGAAGGCUACAAAAGAAUCAGUGUCAGUUUGUUUUCUGUUGCCGACUAAUGGGAGACAAAUCGUGACACGGUGUUUGGUUGGUAGAAGUAGAACAGAGACAAAACGCUGACAGAACAGAGCAAAGAGUUUUAACUCAUGAAAGCAGAACCAAUAUACAAUUCAUGGAGCAUCAUUGGAUAUGGAACAAAGAAGGGUGGCGUGGCCCGGACGAACACUGAUAGAAAAAACUCGCAAUUUUGAUUAAACGUUCAAAGAUGGACACUCUGUUUUCCCUAAGAGCUGCCAGCUGCUCUGUUUUCUUGUUUGGGGUUUAGCAGUUGGAGCUUAUGGAAUGGACAUUUGUCUUUCUUACUUAUGGAAUGGAGAGCCGGUUGCCGAAGGAGAAGAUCGUGGUGGUGGGAAUGCUAUUGAGUCUGGUCAAUUUCCCACCAGACUGUGAUCUGCUGGAAUGGAAAUCGACUAAAGCAAUAGAUCAGAACUUGGACUGAACAAAACUGGCAGUUUUUGUUUUCACGAUGUUGUUUGUGUUUCGUGCUCGAUAAGUUUGUGUUAACCGGUUGAUUUGUAUAGACGUAUCUUCACCCCUUUUCAAGUGACUUACAUUCGAUGAUCAUGCCUCGUGUGCAUUGAUGAAUCUCGUUCGGGUUGAAUUUUGUACAUUAGUUGCUCCAAGAAGGACAAAUCUUCUUUGUAAAUAUUUCUUGAAAGUUCGGCACAUCACGAUUGUGAUAAUGGUGAGAUUUUAUUAAAAACGGUGUAUUUUG